AUGGGCUCUUCGAUGCCAGAGAGAUUUGACUUCGUCGUUGUCGGCGCCGGCGCCGCAGGAGCCAUCCUCGCAGCCCGCCUGGCAAACAGCAAGCAACGUCCUUCGGUCCUUCUCGUGGAGGCUGGGGGCAAGAAUGACUCGAAGGAUGUCCGUGCCGACGCGGACAGAUGGCUUCAUCGGAUGAUCCCAUCGCAGAAUUGGGGUUACAAGACUGCGCCCAUUAAAGGCUUCGAUGGGAACAUGAUUGACUACGAUCGUGGUAAAGGUCUUGGAGGGAGUACCGCCAUCAAUUUCUCCGUCUGGACCAUUGGUCCGAAGGAUGACCAUGAUGAGAUCGCACGCCUGGUGGAUGAUGAAGAAUGGAGCUGGAACAACGCCCAGAAGAGAUACAAACGGAUCGAAUCUUAUUCCGCAACUGGACCGAAUGUACCAGGUGAUGCCAAGCGGUACCUUGACCCUGAUCCGAAAGAUCAUGGGUACGAUGGGCCAAUCAAGGUCGGCUUUCCUCAGGUCUGGGAGCCUUCUUGCACAGCACUGAUGGACAUCUGGUAUGCCAAUGGCGCAGAGCCCAAUCCAGACCACAAUUCCGGAAAUCCAAUCGGCCUUGCCGCAUGCGUCGCAACGGCAUACAAAGGAAUCAGAUCGACAUCCGCAGAUGCAUUGGUGGGAUCACCCGGUAACUUACACGUCCUGGUCGAUACCGAAGUGGCUCAAGUGACUUUCGAUGGCACCAAGGCGACCGGUAUCAAAACCAUCGACGGGCGGAUAAUCCAAGCCAACAAAGAAGUCAUCUUGGCGGCUGGCGCCCUUGACACUCCGAGGAUCCUUAUGCAUUCCGGCAUAGGCCCCGUUGACGAACUUAGAAGCUUCAACAUUCCCAUCGUCAAAGGCAACGAAAACGUCGGAAGGCAUCUGAAGGAUCACCACCAUAUCAUGCUCCCGGCUCUCCGAGCAGACCACACGAGUGAAAGAACCCGAUUCUACAAGAACAAGGAGCUUCAAACCGCAGCUCGAGCUGCGUGGGGAAAAGAUGGUAGCGGCCCAUUGGCGGAGUACGCCUGCACUCUGGGUGUCGGGUAUUUCAAGUUGGACACAUUGUAUGACACCCCAGAAUUCCAAGCCCUGCCAAAAGAAGAUCAAGAUCAGUUGCGGAAGCCGACAGUUCCUCACUACGAGUUUCUCCUUAAUGGGCCAUGGCUUCCCAAUUUCCUCGACCCAGAGAACGCGCAGGCCGGAACCUGCGUGUUUUUGUUUAUCCUCAAUCAGAAAUCGACCGGAGCUGUGAGACUACAGUCAUCUGAUCCCAAGCAGCCACUUAUCUUCGACCCCAACUUCUUUUCCCACCCUUUUGACAAAAGAGUGGCAGUGGAGGCUACACGAGAUGUCCUCAGGGUCAUGAAGAGCCCCGAGUUCCAGAAAGAUACUCUGGCUAUUGAUGGCCCCAAGAGUGAGUCGGAUGAUGAUAUCCUCGCCUUCUGGCGAGCGGGCAGCGCUUCGACUUGGCACAUGAUGGGGACUGCUAGGAUGGGUAAGGACGAAGACAACGCCGUUGUGGACAAAAACUUCAAAGUGUUUGGGGUGGAGAAUCUGAGAGUGGCUGAUAUGAGUGUCGUCCCCAUCGUCUGCAACAACCACACCCAGUCGACGGCGUACCUUGCUGGGCUGACUGCAGCCGACAAGCUAGCUCAAGAAUACGGACUUGACGACUAA